AUGCAGUUCCUCACUUCUCUCUCCGCCCUCGCCUUCUUGAGCACAGCCCUCGCCAACCCCAUCGUUGGCAAACGUUCUUGGCCCGAUGUCAUCGACAACUGUAACCAGGAUGGUACUGUCGCUCUCACCUACGACGACGGUCCUUGGGACUAUGAGGAAGACGUCGCCAAUGCCCUUGACGGUGGAAAGGCUACCUUCUUCUUCAACGGAAACAACUACGAAUGCAUCUACGACCGCGCCGACCAGAUCAAAGCCCUCUACGACGCCGGCCACACCCUCGGCUCCCACACUUGGUCUCACGCCGAUGUUACCGAGCUUUCUUGGGACGAAUUCCAUGAUGAGUUGUGGAAGAUCGAAGAGGCAUUCAUCAAGAUCCUUGGGGUCAAGCCCAAGUACUUCCGACCGCCUUAUGGAAACAUCAACGACAACGCUAUGAACGUGCUCGAGAACCGUGGUUACUCCAAGGUGUUCAUGUGGUCGGACGAUACCGAAGACUCUCUUGAUAAGGGUGCUGCUAGGGGUGAAGAGGUGCUUGAUGGUGUUGCUAACGACUAUCCCAACCCGCACCUCGUUCUCUCCCACUCGACCUAUCCUCAAAACUCCCAGGAAGUCCUCCCUCACUCCCUCCCGAAGCUCAAGUCUGCAGGCUACAACCUCGUUACCGCCGGCCAAUGUGUCGGCACUGACGAAUGGCCUUACGAGUGGGUUGGGGAGCCUCAGGCGAGGGAUGACUCUUGGACUUGUUAA